AUGUUAGACUGGUCCACGCUGAUAUCAAUUCCUGGAGACAGCAUGAAAAUCCGCUCGGCCGUGGGGGUCCCUGGGCUGCGGCGGCUGCCAAGCAGCGGCCAUGCCCCGGGGGGACGGGGGGACGGGAUCCCCGCCCCUCAGAAGAUACUCUUCCCCGUGGAGCGCCUCUCUAUGAAGUGGGAGCGGGUCUACCGGAUUGGCGCCGGGCUGCACAAUCUCGGGAACACCUGCUUCCUUAACUCCGUAGUGCAGUGCCUGACUUACACGCCGCCGCUCGCCAACUACCUGCUCUCCAAGGAGCACAGCCGCACUUGUCACCAAGGAGGCUUUUGUAUGAUGUGUGUGAUGCAGAACCACACGAUCCAGGCUUUCGCUAACAGCGGCAACGCGAUAAAGCCGGUGUCCUUCAUCCGAGACCUCAAGAAGAUCGCCCAGCACAUCCGCUUCGGCAGCCAGGAGGAUGCACAUGAGUUCCUGCGCUAUACCAUCGACGCCAUGCAGAAGGCCUGCCUGAAUGACUGCACGAAGUUGGAUCGCCAGACCCAGGCCACGACACUGGUCCACCAGAUCUUUGGCGGUUACCUGCGGUCCCGUGUUAAGUGCUUGGCGUGCAAGAGUGUCUCGGACACCUAUGACCCUUGCCUGGACCUGGCACUGGAGAUUAGGCAAGCCACAAACGUAGUGCGGGCUCUGGAGAUGUUUGUGAAGCCAGAUCUCCUGGGCGGGGAGAACGCCUACAUGUGUGCUCAAUGCAAGAAGAAGGUGUCAGCUAGCAAGCGCUUCACCAUCCACCGAGCCUCCAACGUUCUUACGCUGUCACUGAAGCGCUUUGCCGACUUUGAUGGAGGCAAAAUCACAAAGGACGUGGGGUACCCGGAGUUCCUGAACAUCCGCCCCUACAUGUCGCGGAGCAAGGGGGAUCCCAUCAUGUAUGGGCUCUACGCAGUGCUGGUGCACUCUGGUUACAGCUGCCACGCAGGGCACUACUAGUGCUACGUGAAGGCCAGCAACGGGCAGUGGUACCAAAUGAACGAUGACAUCGUUCGUUCCAGCAAUAUCAAAGUGGUUCUCAACCAGCAGGCCUACUUGCUGUUCUACCUGAGAAUCCCCAGCCCCAGGAAGAGCCCAGAGGGGCCCACUGCCAAAGCUGCCUCCAGCCUACGUGGCAGCACUGGCAGCGUCUCCAGUCAGGUGAAGAAAACACUGACCAACGGGCCCCUGUCUUCACCGCUGACUGGCCAGCGACCAGACAUGCUGCCAGGGAAGAAGCUGCCAGGGCUGGAGGAAGUCGGGGUCCCUGUGGCCCGCAGCAUGUUUGGAAUGGGGCCAAAGCUGCCAAAUGGAACCACUCCGACAAAGCUGCCGGCUGGGUCACCAUCACCCAAACCGCCCCUUAAAGCCACCGCCGCAGCCACAGCUCUGCCCAGUGACACAGCGCAGAGGCCCAAGAAGCAGCUUUCCACCCCACAGCUGCCUCCCAUGCCCAGAGCAGUUCAGGGCUCCUGCAACACCAGCGAUGUAAGUGGGGCCAAAGUGGAGCUGCCCUGGGAGAGCAAGCAGCCGCCUACCUCACCUAAGCUGCUGCUGGAGCCCAACCCCAGCCAGGAGCCCAGGGGCAGUGGGGGGAAUGCUGGGACCCUAGAGAGGGACUCCUGUGGCAGCAGUGCUGCCAGCCCAGCACAUAGUGCAGUGGGGAAGCUAGCCAAGGCCCAGAAGGCCAAGGGUGGAACUAGCAGCUUCUGUACAUCUCAGGGAACAGACUGUGGCACAGACCGCCCUGCUGGCCCCGGUGCCGAGCCGGCUGACCCCAAAGACUCCAAGCCGGCAAAACUGAAGUCUUCCCUGUUGGCCAGCACUGCUCUGGAGGUCAGCAGCACCAUGUCACCACCACCUGCCAAGAAGCUGGCGCUCUCCGCCAAAAAGGGCAGCACCUCACGGAAGGCGAGGGGAAGUGACCGCCACACACAACCUCGCCCCAAAUCUGCUGACCACGCCUGCCCCACGAACACCACCCACCCUGACUCCGCUCCUUUGAGCAAGUCGAGGCUGUCCUCAUCUGUUCUAAAACUGCCAAAUCCCGAAAAGCCUGCCGUCAGCUUCAUCCUCAACUCCGCCCCUUGGCCCCCAGCCUCCCCCCUGACCAACGGUUCCACUGCCCACCCUUCUUCACACCGCUUUCCUCCCUGCAGCAGGGAGAAGGGGCCUGGCCAGGUCACUGCUGCUUCCAAAAAGAAGCAGCGAAAGCAGAAUCGUGGCGCAGAUGGCAGCCCCCCGAGGAAGAAGAACAACCUCGUUCAGGAGGGGUUGGUAGGGCUUCUCCUCGGGAAGGAGGCGGAAGGCAGGGAGGCAACAGGCUGCCAGAAACUGGAGAGCGGGCCCGAGCAGCCAGUGUCAGACUGCAGCACUUUCCUGGACGCGCUGCCUGUCUCCUCUGUGAAGAAGAAGAAGAGGAGGAGGAGAACAGAGGAGACAGAAGACCAUUGCUCUGGGACACUGUCCUCGGGCAGCUUUAGGAGGGCUGAGUCAGAGCCCCAGAGGACAAAGCAGCGGCAGAGUGUGGAGGCUGGGGUUGGGGAGAGUGAACACCGCAAGCGUAAGUGGAGGAAAAGCCUCAGCACCCCAGCCUUGGAGCGUCCUGCCAACGGCGUCCAUGCCGCAGAGAGCACCCCGGCUGGAGGUGGGGGCAGGUGCUGCCCAGAUGCCCUGAGCCCCGAGCCCGGCCCUGCGGCUGGCACGGCACCUGGGAGCCAGGAGGAGUCCAAUGUGGUAGAGGAGCUGCUUAAGGACUCCUUGGACAAGGCGUAUGGCAAACAAGUCUUGACCUGGGAGGGUGAGAUCUCGGCUGUCAGCGAGGAUGCCAUCCAGGAAGCAGCGUGGGCCUGCAGCGAGACUGUCAUUGAUGAGUGGGACGAGGACUAUGACAAAGGGAAGGUGAAGAAGGUUAAAAAACUGAAGAGGGAGCGGAGGAGACAGUCCAACCCCUUCCAACAGCUGCAGGCCAAGCGCAGCUUCUGGGCAGCCACUCAUCCUGCCAAGGCGGCCAGCCUGAGCUACAGGCUCUGAGGCGGCGAUCUGCGUCCCCCCGCCGGCGAACAGAA